UGAGAUUUUUGCCACUCUGCCCCAGACGGAAGCGCAACUCGCACUCAUUUCGCUGCACGAGCAAGUGCAAAAGUGUUAAUAUUUUGAUGCGGUCAUCGUUAUUUAACGUGCCCGAGGUGACCGUGUGUCCUCCAUUUCCAAGAUAAUAAUGUUGCCUUCUUCCCGUGUCCUCUUUUCGCGUCUGCAGACUCUUAACGUCGCCAAAUUCGCCACAUUCUCCUCUCCAUCACCUACUCACAUCUUGACCAAAUCAUGGCGACCCUAUGACCAGUCUGGAUUUAGAUGCAGCCGUCGUUUCCUCUCACAACAACAGACGACAAAUCCGCCCCCACCAUCAAGAGAGGUAAAUUCGUCGACAUCUCAGGAGUUGCAAGGUCAUGACGAAGAUAGCAGUGUGACAAGUAGGAGCGAACAAGGAAGCGAAGCAUUAUUGAAAGCGUUAGGAGGUGACAGCAAUUUAGCAACAACGACAGCCCCCACUGAUGAGCUUGACACCCUCUACAAAACCAUCGAACUCGAAGUCCUCUCUUACGAGCCCGCUGUCCUCGAAAGUUAUCAAUAUUUCGUAAUGUCAUCAGCCAAAUACCUCUCCAUCCCCGUGGGAAAGGUGUGGUCGCCCCUAAAAUCGGACAAGCUGCGAUUUCCUCUCCUCAAGUCCGCAUUCGUCCACAAGAAACAUCAAGUCCACUAUGAAAUUAGGACGUAUCAUAAAUUCAUCACGCUCCAUCAUCUCACCUCCUCCACAGCCAACACGUUUCUAGAAUAUAUAGAGAGGAAUCUUCCGGAAGGGUGUGGCCUUAAAGUCACAAAGGUUAUGGUGCAACCAAUCCCAGCCUUUUUAAGAAAACAGCAACCGCAGGAACAGGAGCAGCAGCAGCAGAAAUAGUCAGACUAAACUAAUAAUAAUAUUAUUAAGUUUAAACCUUAUUUAUAUAUCUCUAAAUACAUGGAUGAUAUAAGCGAGAAGAAUACAGAAUUUAGUAGAUUUUUUAACAAA